CUCAUCACCACCUCCCCUUUGGGAAAGGAGAGAGAGUGUUUAGGGUGUGGGAGAUUAAUUAAUCAAUUAAUUACUAAGGCUAGCUUCUUGUGUUUAGUUUGCUCUUUGGAUUUUGUUUGAGGGAGCUAGCUAGAUAUGGCUGUGUUGUCCUUGCACCACCCUUGCACCUUCACCUUUGGAAUCCUAGGUAACAUCAUCUCAUUAAUGGUGUAUCUUGCCCCACUGCCUACAUUCUAUCGAGUUUACAAGAAGAAAUCGACUGAAGGAUUUCAAUCCAUACCAUAUAUCAUCGCACUGUUCAGCUCUAUGCUAUGGAUAUAUUACGCAAUCCUCAAACCUGAUGCUUCUCUCCUCAUCACCAUCAAUUCGAUCGGAUGCGCGAUCGAAGCGAUAUACAUCAUCACUUAUCUUGUUUUCGCACCAAAGAAUGUUAAGAUCUUUACGGCAAAAAUACUGUUACUUUUGAUUGUUGGGGCGUACGGUACGAUUCUUCUGCUCACACUCUUGCUAUCGAAAGACUCUAGUCGUGUUCACCUUGUUGGUUGGAUCUGCAUGGGAUUCUCUGUGACCGUCUUCGUAGCUCCCCUAAGUAUCAUGAGGCUCGUGAUACGUACAAAAAGCGUUGAAUUCAUGCCUUUCUCGCUAUCGUUUUUCCUCACGUUGAGCGCUGUUGUUUGGUUCUUUUACGGUUUAUUGACAAAGGACAUAUAUGUCGCACUUCCAAAUGUAUUGGGGUUUCUAUUUGGGAUCAUGCAAAUGGUGCUCUACGUAGCGUAUAAGGACGUGAAACCAAUCACUCAAGAGUACAAGUUGCCCGAGAAGGGAUUGGGGGUCCAUCCGGUUGAUUCGAAGCCAUCGAAGAUCGAAAAUAAAGAUCACCACAUUGUUAUUGAAGGAGAUCCAAAGAUGCUCGACGGUACCGAGGGCGACAACAGGAAAGAAACUCAAGAGGGGAAUAAGAUGAGCCAUGUUGAGGUUUGAUACAUAGAACAUGCAAACAUGCGCACGCGCGCGCGCGCACGAGAGAGAAAGAGAGAGAGAGAGAGAGAGAGAGAGAGAAAGAGAGAGAGAGAGUUAUGUAGCACUUACCUUUGAUAAUACAUAUGGUUCUAUUAUUAGUAUUAAUUAUUUGUUCUUUGUAGACAGGAAGGGUGCAAUUUCCUUUUUCAACUAUUGGUAUGUAUCUUAUUUCACAUUUGUUUCAUGGUG